GAUACUGUGGAGUGUCUCGUGGCGGCGAUGCAACGAAACCGACUGAGAGCGAGCCUCCCCCUUCGAUUCAAAGCGAAACACGGAAAACGGGAUUCAGUUGUUCGGGAAAGAAAAUGCAGGAUUAAUAUAUAAAACAAGUUUAAUUGCGUCCCGUCUGUGUGGAAUAUUUUUCGGCUUCCAGAGGUGUGUUCGGCGUACUCAAAGUUACCAAAAAGCUGCAAAAAACGUACUAGUGAACACUGAGACAGAAGCAUAAAGGACACACCUGUCCAUCUACUAUCCUCUAUCUUUAAGAAAAUGUCGGUGGCAAUGCAGAUGUCAGCCACACUCAGUUAAAUGUUAGUACUACUUGAGCAGAUAUUGCACGGCUGGCCGAAGAGGAAAAAGAAGAAAGUGGCUGCUCAAGGUGCUGGAAGAUGUCUCUCUGGAUGAUACUGCCCGUUAGCCUCCCAGUUUUGACCAUCACUGGGAUAUGGGUAGUGUACGCCAUGGCCCUGUACAAUCAACAUGUCUGCCCUGUGGAUAACUGGUUGUACAACCAAUCAUGUGAAGAGGAUCUGUAUUUGCAGAGCGGGCCAACCUUGUGCUGCACGCUAGACAAUGUACCUCUCAUAAGUAAAUGUGGGACUCUUCCCCCGGAGAGCUGCUUCUUCAGCCUGAUCUGCAGCACAGGCUCAUUCAUGGUUAUGGUGAUCGUGCUGCUCCGCUACGCCCACGUCAUUGAGAAGCACCAACAUUGUGUUCUCAACACGGCGAGUCUCUCCACAGGCUGGAUCUGUGCCGCUGGACUCAUGAUGGUGGGCAACUUCCAGGUGGAUAAUUCCAAAGUUCUCCACUAUGUCGGAGCAGGCAUCGCCUUCCCCACCAGCAUGCUGUUUGUGUGCGUGCAGUCAGCUCUGACUUACCGACUGGCCAAGACCCAGGGGGAGUACAACGUGGCCCACCUGCGGCUCUGCAUGACCCUGCUGGCCUUCGUAGCCUUGGUGCUCAGUGGCGUGUUUUUCUGUCAGGAGAGCUUCGUCCUUCAACACGCGUCGGCCAUCUUUGAAUGGUUGUUCUGCGUCAUCAUCAUGCUGUUUUACGGGACUUUUGCCUUUGAGUUUGCCGGCAUGUCAUCAGAUACCAUGGUGGUGCUGGCUCGAGGGACCCUGGGAUCUGCUGGGAGAGAACACAAGGUGGAUGCACUGGGACCCCUGGGAGGGCCCCUUCCUCACUCACACCCACACCAACCUGAAAACAUGUCCAUACUGUAGCCUGCUGGCUCACCUCGAUGCCACACAGGUGGCUUGUAUCAUCCUUUCAAACUCUGGUUUUUGAAUGAGUUUAAUUAUUCAUUUCCAGCUCGUCUGAAGCUUUGAAAUGAACCAGGCCAGUGCCGUUCAUGGCAGAGUGGAUUCUACUAUUUCAGCCCCAGGGGUGGGGAGCGAAGCUUGUAUUGUGCUCACAUCAGAGCUCGGUGUCUCAAGAACUUUGUAUUUUGCACAUUGCACAAGUGUAAAACCAGACUUCCUCCCAACGUGACAAGUAAAAGAGUAUUUUAUCAAUCAGAUAAAGAAAAUGUGCUGUUCCCCUCUGAGAUAUUGAAACAUGUCUCAAUAGUGGCCUUGGACCAGUUUCACUUCUGGUGACUUCCUGAAAGCAUCAUUAUCUACGUAGAGGAGUGACGGCUGCUGGACGGCCGAGCUGGCAGCGUUACAGCAGAGAGACAGGGAGGAGAGAGAGAAGAGGGUGUGAGGGUGACAGCAAGGUCAUGCUUGUCUUUCCCACGAGAGAAUAGAUGAAUGCAAAACAUUUAAAGAAACCAUGUCAAAAAGAAAAGUAAAAUAAUGUCUUAGUCAAUCCUGCAUUAAGCAAUACUUUUGUUAUACAAUUUAAAUACAUUUUAUGUCAACAAAUCCUUAGAAUUAACAUCAUACUCCACGCUACAUGUCUGCCUAUAUAGUUUUUUAAAAUGAGCAUCAUCAACAAAAUGAUGUUUGAAUAGCUACUCCACUUUGUUCCUGGAUGCUUUGUGUGAUGUACUGUGUCCUUAUUCGAACCACCCCCAAAAGAAACAUUAGAUCUGGUGCCUCAUUAUGUCAAAACGUUAUGACUUAAAACCUAAACUGUUGUCUCAUCCCCGUUCUGUUGGGAUAAAUUAACCUCAUAUGUAUUCAACUUCCGUUCUACCAAAGAACAUAAAAGAAAGAUGAUACAGUGUCCAGAGGCCAAAGACGUACCAGCUAAUUCAAGCCAGAGCACUGGGUUUAUUGAGUUUAGUGAGCCGGCUUCACACGUGUUCCCAGCUCCUAGCAGCGCAGGUCUGCAUCUCAUUACUCCCCAACAAGGAGAAGCAGCACACUGUCACUGCCUUAUGGACAAAGGGAAGAAGGUAGGGUUUGUAAUGUUACUGAGAUGCUCCGUUCUGCCUCAUUGUUACUUUACAGCAGAAUAAGCCAAAUAUCACUUUGCCUGUGGCAUUGGUGCUAAAACACACAGGGCCUUAUCUUGUCCCUGAGUUUAUCUGUGUUUAUGUUAACGUCUGAUGAAUGACAUCUAUAGGAUGGUUAUAGACGUCGACUGCUUAUAGUGGAGAAGCAGGGACAGGAGGUAGCAUGCUUGUGAGUGCCAGGAAUACCAAAACGGAUAUAGCUACAUUUAGAUAUGGCUCCCUGCUAAUUGAUCAUUGAUAAUUGUAUCUUCUAGUGCAUUCUUUAUUUAAUUUGAGCCCCAAAAUCAUAUAUUUUUUAAGAUUUUCAAAUUUAAUUUUGUAUUCAAUGUCUUUCUCUGACAUGCUGUAAUACAGAGUAAGGAUUACUGUUUAUAUUUUGGGGAAAUGUUCAACAUCUCAGUUUAAAAUGAACACACUCUGAGCUCUCUGGUGGAAAACCAGAGCAAGCAGUGAUAGUGAUAGUCAGUUAGUAGGCGUUAUCAAAAUAUCAAACCACAACCCAGUAUUCAAACUGUUUUACAUCCUGUCACAGAAGGACUGCAUAUGAAUACUGUCACAAAGGCUGAAGUGGAAAGCUUGCGCACGCUGCUACAGACACAACAGCAGACACACCUGUGAUCUCUUGCUUCUCCCUACUGGUCAAACUGCUUAUUGCAGGUGUUGAACCAGAGCUGUAAUGUUGCUGCUCCGCUCACACGAGGUCUUGUUCUCUACUUGUAACAUUUUCCACAUUCAAUCACCUCGAGGUUCAUGCCAAAUCAGCUCUUACUUUUACAUUUGCAGUGGAGCAAAUUCUUGAAGAGCACUUGAACUGGGCCUGUUCUUUAAUUCAGCAGCGAUCUUCAGUUGUCUACCAGGUAUUACUUUGAAGUCAAACUUGACCAUGUGACACUAGUUUUGCAAUAUGCAUUCUUUUAAGUAAGUGUUAUUGUCAAAUGAUGGUGCUGCUCAUGUUGCUCUAGCAGGAAACAUCUUUCAUUACACAUUAAUGCAUGGUAGCAAACUCUAGCCCUUGUUUGGAUUUGAACACCACAAAAAUCUCUUUUGUAAAAUGUUCCUUAAGACUGAUUGUCAUUUUGCAUCCUCUUCUUUCAAUGUCAUACUCUUCUUUCUGUCCUUGCUCCUUCUCAUUUACUGAUCUGUCUGAACUUUGCACUCAGGAAAGCGUUACGACACCAGCUGCAUUGUUUGAUUCACAGCAGAAUGAACUCUGCUUGCUUCUGCCUUCUGUUGUUUUUUAAGGCAUUUGUUCUAUGACUAUUUGUUAUGUUUAUAUAUGUUGUGUUAUAUAGGUGGUUAGCCACGAUUUAAUCGAUUAUUUUUGUUAAUCCAGACUCAAGUUAAGCUUCAAAAUAAACAUUCCUGUAUAGUAAGCUUUUGAGAAUGCUUAUACUGCUGAUGAUGGUUAAAGAUCUGCAAGAAAAACUCACCCGUGUAAUCAGUAGAUCAUCGGUGAGACUUUUCUGACAAACUAGCAUCUGUAAAGCUCACAGAAAUCUGUUACUCAAUACCGUUGAAAUGCGAAAUGCUCCCUAUGUGCCUUUUAUAUAUUUUGAUAAUGAAAACCAAAGAGGUUUAGGUUGUAAAUUAUAUUUUGAUGAAAAGUCAUAUGAUUGUGUGUGUAUAUAUGCCUUAAUGUUCAACAAAUAAAAAGAUU